AGAUGAGGAAGGACAUGAUUAUUGAGUUACACUGUGCUGCUGUUGACAUCGCAUUUCAAAAACCCGGCGGCUGCGGCGGCGCUCCGCCUUUGAAGCACUCCUCCGGGCGUCAGCUGCUGUUGAUGGCUUUGCGUGUCUUGGCAUGUGAGCUGACCGCCAACGUAUUCCUCGCCAGGCCAACUCUUUGUGAUUUGAGCCAGUGAGGUUCAUUUUUAUGUGGUGCUAAAGCGUGGCCACGUCUCCAUGACAACCAGGACGCAGCAGUGUCGGGGUGUGUCACUCAUGUGAUGUUCUGCGCCUCGCCCCACCCUAAACUCCCCAGUGUCCUCUCCUCUCAAGCCUUGCGCACACGGAUCAAAUGGCGAUGAGUCCAGUGUACCCAAAAAUGCUUCUCAGGCAUACAGAGGAAGACCCCUUGGGGGUUGUCACCCCUCCCUCGCACCCGCAACCAACCAGCUGUACAUCCUGCUUACACCACAGCUACCUGAUCCCCCCCUUAAAGUGAUGCUCAGCCGACCGCGUCGAUUACUGCAAAGAAAUGCUGAGCUCCACAUCCACUUCCUUUCUGGCGAACUGGCUGACAUUUAUGCCCCCCCAAAUCCUCCGGAGAAGUGGCCUUUAUGAUGACAUGUGACGUUCAGUGACGUCAUCGCACACCUGUCACCCAUUAAUGGGCUGUCCAUUUCCAGCAAAGCCUACUUUUUACUGAACAAAACACACUUUGCUGGAAUCAUGACGAAAAUAAAAUCCUUUGAUUUUCCUCUCGUUCAUCUAACUCUGAUUGCUCAAGCGAUAUCAUUAGUACGUACUGAGGAUGUUUUCUCAAUAUGUUGGAUGGGCAACCCUCAGGAAAGUAAUAGCGACCUGUGGCUCAACGGCACAUCUUUAAAAAACCUCUGGACAAACCACGACGACGUGGUUUCCUUGACCGUACCUCUAUCAGUAGAAAACAAUGUGACCCUGAGUUAUGCUGGCAAACUUCACUCAUGGACUUUUAAAAUUUCUCGAGAUCCUAAGCAAACCAAAGUUAAUGGAAGUCAUAAACCUCAAGAACGGCCAACAAAAUCCACGCAGAGCAUCCUAGAUUUGCUGACUCCUACUGAUGUGUUCCCUUGUGAAAAUGACACAUGGUUCUUCUACCAGGAGAAAAACUUCUUCCUUGCUUUUGGUCACACUGUGCGCUUUCGUGUCAAGGUGGUAUCCCGCUCACCUACCACGCUUCUGUUAUCCUGGUUGGAGGGGCAACCCGCACCUGUCGGCAAUGCUCAUAUGAUGACCCUGUAUUACUCUGACCAAAACUUCUAUCAAAUGUUGGAAAGGGAGGAAAUGACAGAUAACCCUCAUCAUGUCACCUCCCUGAAAUCCUGUACUUUGUAUGUGGUGUGUGUGGACACCGAGGCCAACUUCCUUGUAACUUGCCUCCCAGCUUUGACGGAUCCAGUCAUUCCCAGAGACUUUAAAGUCAGUUCCUUGAACAGCAGCAGUAUAACUUUGACCUGGGACUUCCCUGAGAACCUCUACUAUUCCUUCUUCUUCCUCACGUCCUUCUAUCUCAACGGAUCGAACCAUCUUGUGAAGGAAGUACCCGUAUGGCACACGGCGGAUGACUUUGUGUUCACCUUGUCUGGUUUGCAGCCAUGCAGUAGAGUUUUGUUUGGCCUGCAGACAGUUUGUCAGGCGGGUACGGAGACCCGCUACAGUGGAAUGAUUGAGACUGACGGAAAUAUCGCCCACUCCAGCAUUGGGGCCUUGCGCCAGACAUCGUUCGGCCCUGAAAAUUACACCCUGAGCUGGAUGGUGAGCCCCAUGUCAUCCAUCUCCAAGUUCAACAUCUACCACGAAGACGUACUGCAAGGCACCACUUUUGCGACUGACUACGUAGUCACGGGGCUGACGCCUUGCCGAUUUUACCGCGCCAGAGUGGAAGCGCUGUGCGGGGAUGGCGUGCUGAUAAGCACUGAGUUGCUUCCAGUACAUACAGGACCCCGUGGUGUGUUAGAACUCCGCUACCACACCAACGACUCUAAAGCCUUAUGGAUUCCUGGCUCGCAAAGCCCCGCCUUGUCAUUUUUCUACAAACUGUCCCUGGAGAACGGUCCCCUCCUCCAAAAAGAAAAUGUGACUGAGACAGAGCUGCAACUGCCAGGACUAGAAACCGGGAAAACGUACGUCCUCGAAUUGUGGGAAAGGUGCGACAACCGCUGGGUGUCUGGACGGACCGAGUUGUGUUUCACAGUAGACGAUUCAAUCUAUGGCUUCCUUGCGAGGGGUGUUGGACUUGACUCCAUCAAAGAAGACCGAGCUGAAGAAAUUUACCUGCUCAGAAUGGUUGUGCCAGGUUCUAUUCCCGAUGACCUGGGUGACGAAAUGGCCGAAGUCACAACCAUAAUGGUGGAGAGUGUCCAGAACUUGCUAAUGGAAGUCUUAAGUGAAGUCCAUCCCCCAAUUCGUGUGGAGGCGUUGGUGGCGGAACCUGCCAUCGAGACCAAGAAAACACAAGUUCAAUUGAUGCUUUUCGACUCGUCCCACCAAGACGAUUACAUGCCACUUCCUGUUCAAUUUUACAAGGAUUAUAUCGAGUCCAAAGACGAUGUUUACAUAUCAGUUAGGGACGGAAUUAUUUACUGGGAAGGUCCUGAUCUUUGUGCGCCAUCCACUCAACCGGUGUGUCUGCAGAACUCUCAGUGCAUCAAUACUCUGGGUUCGCAUCACUGCGCGUGCAAAAGUGGCUACUAUGAUGUUAGCGCAGUGCUGCAAGGGCCCGUACCCUCUUACCCUGUUUGCAACGAGAAAGGCAUUUUCAGUCAGUGUCUGGACAAAGUGAUGACCGGCGGUGUUGCCAAACCCUACUUGAAUGCGUACAUCGGUGGGAAGGUGGAUGUCGUGCUGAAUAACGCCACCUGCCAAGUGGAGGAAACUGGAAUGCUGUUCCACUUCAGCACUCUGCGACAUGGCACGGAAUGUGGGACAAAAAGACGGGUCAACGAAACCCACAUUGAGUUCCAAAACACACUCGCAGUCAGCCUGACCAAAGAUAAAGCCAUCACUCGGAGGGAUUUGAAAGUGAUCUGGAAGUGCGUCUACCCUCUGCAUUAUAUCCGCGACGCCCACGUUAGCAUCGAUUUGAAAUGGUUGAAAGCCUACUCGGUGGUAGAGUUCAACAGCUCCCUGCAACUGGGCCUAACCAUGGAUCUGUUCAGCGACAAGUCCUUUAGCGAAAGUUAUAGCGAAUUUGUGAGCAUGGACCCGGAGGACACCUUGUACUUUCAGGUUGCCUUGGAUGCAGAUCUCUCUUUUGCUGCUAACGUCUUAUUGCACGUAGAGUCCUGCUGGGCUACGGAGACCAGCGACCCACAGGAUGAAGUUCAGGGUCUUUUCCUCAAGGACGGUUGCCCCAUCGACUACACAUUCCGGUGGCUGUCUGUGAACGGCGUGGCUCAGAAAAGCCGAUUCGCCAUGCAGAUGUUCCAUAUGCCCGAAGAACUGCCCCUUUAUUUUCACUGUUUGGCCAGCAUAUGUGGACUAAAAGAAAACUGUACAAAGAACUGCACCAGCCCUCGGCGUGCCAAGAGAGCAGCCAACAUCUUGAUGGACUCCAAAUCCAAACGAGCUGCUGUGGUGUCUGCUGGACCUCUGUCAGUCAAGCGGCAGAUAUCAAAAGUCACAAAACCUUCCUGGAUGGAGACCAUGAUGAUGAUCUCCAUUGUGGCGGGUUUAGUGGGCAUUUUGGGAUUAGCAGUAUUGACCGUGAGUGCAGCCAAAGCCAUCGUGCUUUUUAAUGCACGGCGACAUAAGAAAUAAAGUAUGUGAAACUGUUACCUUGUUUGUUUCCUUU